ACACGAUGGAUAUUGCGGGAGUUAGUGAGUCGCUAAAACGCUUCGGAUGGCCCGAUUAUCUCGUUUUUAUCUUGAUGUUGGCGCUCUGCAGUGCCAUUGGCGUCUUCUUUGGCUGGCAGGAUCAUGUGAAGCACAAAAAAAUGCGCGGCAGAAAGGUCCGACGGGGCUCCGAGGCGCUCGAAUAUUUGGUUGGCGGGAGAAAAAUGAAGGUUUUUCCGGUAGCAAUGUCACUCGUUGCAAGCUUGAUAAGUGGCAUCGGACUGUUGGGAACAAGUACGGAAAUUUAUCUUUAUGGAACGCAAUAUUGCUUCAUUCUGAUCGGCGUGGUUUUGAUGGGACUCGUUCUGCAUUUCUUCUAUUUGCCCGUUUAUCAUGAACUGAAGUUGACUUCUCUUUAUGAGUACCUCAGUAGAAGAUUUGAUAACAGAAUUCGACUUUUUGGUUCUCUCGUGUUUGUUUUAAGCACAGUUGUUAAAAUGCCCAUCAUGAUUUACGUUCCAGCCUUAAGUUUUUCCGCAGUUACAGGCGUCAAUAUUCACAUAACCACUCCUGUGGUGUGUGCAAUUACAGUUUUUUACACUUCCGUUGGAGGGAUCAAAGCUGUUGUGUGGACCGAUGUCAUCCAAAGUGUCGUCAUGAUUUUCGCUUUAAUUAUGGUUGCUGUCAAAGCAACUUUCGCUGUUGGAGGAUUAGGCACAGUUCUUCAAAUUAAUUACGAUAGCGGGAGAAUUGAACCUCCAAUUUGGGAUAUCAAUCCAACGAUUCGAUCAACGAUAUGGACAACUGUCAUUGGAGGAUGGGUUUUCCAUUGCGCCAUUAACGGAAUUUGCCAAUCGAUGGUUCAGCGUUAUGUCUCUUUGCCGACGUUGCGUGAUGCCCGUAAAGCUGUUUGGAUUUUCGUCGCGGGCGUUUUUGUCUUGCUUGGACUUUCCAUGUACAACGGACUGCUUCUUUAUGCGAUUUAUCACGAUUGCGAUCCCUUAACUACGGGUCUCGUGAAGAAAAAAGAUCAAUUGGUUCCGUUACUUGUGAUGCAAAUUCUCGGAGAUUAUCCAGGCUUAGCGGGAUGUUUCAUCGCCGGAGUUUUUUCGGCUUCGUUAAGUUCCUUGUCGACCGGCUUGAAUUCAAUAACUGCCGUCAUUUUGGAAGAUUUCAUCAAACCUUAUCGAAAAUCGGCGUUAAGUGAAAAAGCAACGGCGAUCAUUAUGAAAAGUACCGUAAUUGUACUCGGGACACUUUCAACCGGAAUGGUUUUUAUUGUCGAGAAACUUGGGCCGGUUUUGCAACUUGCGAUUACUUUUGCGGGCGUGACGUAUGGACCGUUGUUGGGAAUUUUCACAAUUGGAUUUGUGAUGCCUUAUAUUGAUUCAACGGAAACGAUCAUCGGAGCAGGUUUCGGACUUUUAUGCAGCACAUUAAUCGUUUAUUUCACGCAAAUGGAUGUCGCAAGUGGUCGAUUAGUGUUCCCGGAAAAACCAACUUCGGUUGAAAAUUGCACGUAUGCCUUCGACAAUUCAACACUUUUGACCAAAUCCUUCGACGAUAUCGAAACUCCCGAAGCCAAAUUCUAUCACGUGUCAUAUUUGUAUUAUUCGUUGAUAGGAACGACAGUUACGAUAGUAGUUGCUAAUUUGUGUGCCUUGAUAUUUGGCAAAAGAGACGUCGAGAAUGUCGAUCCAGCUUUGCUGUCGCCGAUUGUGAGGAAGUUCUUCAUGAAAGAAAAAAUGGAAAUGAAGGAAUAUUUAAAAGUUGAAACUAAUGAUAUGAUUAAAAGAAGUGAAAGUAUGUAAAAAGAGGAUUUUUUAAACUUAAAAUUAUUUUAAAAAAUUUAAAAAAAAAUUAUAAAUGAAAUACUUAGAUACUAAAUAAAAAAAAAUUAAGA